AGUGGAUGGACUGAUGAUGACAAUGCGACCGAUUUGGCGCCAAUUCCGCAGUCACUGUGAUUUGAUCCUGUUUGCAGCGUUUGUGAUUGUGCUCAGUCAAGUCGCCCACGACUGGGACGCCGAUCUGUCACGACGCCGGCUGCUCGUUCCCGCGCGAUACUCGCCGUACGACCAGGAGUCGCUGCGCCAUGCACGCGCGCGGCUGGGCCAGGACGAGUUUGGCGGCAAAAUCAGAGCCGAGCACGUCCGCCAGCACGACGAGCACAUCCCAGUCCGUGUUCCCGCCGCAAUCGCACCAUCUGGAUCAAACAAGGGUGCACUCAAGAACAACGGGAAGCAGAUGGAACUGCCCGAGAUGCGGUCGGGCCAAGGUCAAGUCCAUAAUGGCAAGAAUCUGAGCCAGAAUGACAAGAAUCCGAGUCAGAAUGGCCAGAUUGACCAGAACGAGGCUCAGAUUGCUGCAAACGAGUGCUCGCUCAGACAUUUGCUGGCUUGGGUCAGAGCCAACGGCGGCUCGCAUGUGCCGUUGGAAAUCAAGUACGCGGCUGACGGACACUUUGACAUGCCGUGGAUUGCGGGCGAGGACGCCGAGCCAGAGACAGAGUACAUGGCUGCCAGGAAAGCUGCACUCGAUCGUCUCCAGCUACGCAAAGAGCGAAUCAAGCGAUUUCGAGAGGCGCUGCUGAGCGGCAAGCUGGACAAAGCCCAGGAUCAAGGCGGCCAUGGCGAGCUCGCCGACCACCGCGACCCAGCAGAGCUAGACCCGCUGUACGACACGCCGGGGCUGCAUCGCCGUCGCACGAUUGUGACGCUUGAAGGUGUCAAACCGCACGACACGGUCUUGCACAUUCCCAAGUCGCUGCUUUUGACCAGUGACGAGGCCUAUGCCACGACGUUUCCCGACUUUUUCGACACGCUGGGCGACAACCUCGACAUGGCCGCGGAAUGUCGGAAGGCAGCAGCCGCUGGCCAGCGAGAAGGUACGCGAUGUGACUACGAGAAGGAAUCCAAGCUUCCCGCGGAUCUGCCAAUCGCCUUCCACUCGGCCCUGUCCAUGGAGCAUCUCGCUGUGGCGUUAAAGAUUCUUGCAGAGGACGCGCAAGGCGAAGAGUCGAUCUGGUUUCCGUACAUUUGUCUUCUCCCGCGCGGAGAUGACCAUUCUUUGCCAUUGUUCUGGUCUGACGCACGACUGUUGGCGGUCGGCGCGUCCUUUGAGCGCAACAUGCUCGAUCUCGUGCUCGCCGAGCGAUCCCAUUUGACGGACGUCUACCGCCACGUCAACCGAGAGCUUCGUGACUUGUAUCCGGCGCGCAUCGAGCAGAUGGACUUGUCGCUCGACCGCUUUUUAUGGGCCGUGACCAUCGUCAAGUCUCGCGCGUUUACCAGCACGGCGCCCUCCGAGCGACAAGGACGGCGGGGUGAAAGUGUGACAUGCUCAAUCACGAUCCUCGUCUCAUGGAAAACACACUUCGUGACGACGGCCCCACGCUCGCUGUCGUUGCUCCGUCCACUGGCUACCUUCCGAUGCGGGAAGUUGGCAUGUCGUACGGUUGCUCCGUCCACUGGCUACCUUCCGAUGCGGGAAGUUGGCAUGUCGUACGGUCUCCAACAAUGCAAUUUCAACUUG